AUGAGGGAAGCAAACCAGGCAAUCGAAAGAGAGAGACACACAAUGCCAACUUUACAAGAUUUUAAAGCUGAGGUAAAUGGAGCAAAAUUCUUCUCAAAGAUUGACCUAAAGCAAGCAUAUCACCAGCUCGAAUUACACCCGGACAGUCGAUUCAUUACAACGUUUUCUACCCAUGAAGGACUGGUCCAGUAUAAAAGAUUAAAUUACGGUACGAACGGUGCAGCCGAGAUAUUCCAAAAUGUGCUACAACAAAACCUUAGCGAUAUCAGAGGAGUGAUGGAAAACCAACAAAACCUGGUGGAUGAUAUUAAUAUUCAUGGUAAAACCCGAAAGUCACACGAUGAAGCACUAUAUAGAGAACUGUCUACAACGGCUAGCAGCACUAAACUUGAAAGUGAAAGGGGAAAAAUGUGAAUUUCUACAAGACGAAAUUAAGUUCUUUGGAUUAAAAUUUACAGCAGCAGGAACCAAACCAGAUCCAGAGAGAAUUGGGAAUAUGGUUAGAGUACCAGUUCCCAAAACUGCUGGAGAAGUUAGAAGUUUUCUGGGAAUGGCCAACACCUGCCACGAAUACAUUCCAGAUUGUGCAACUAUUACAGCACCUCUAAGAGAACUAACCAAGAAAAACAUUGCGUUUAAGUGGGAAAAUAGACAUCAGAAAGCAUUUGAGCAACUGAAAAAGAAACUAACAAGUACCCCAGUUAUGGCAUAUUUCGAUACAAAGAAACGAAGUGUAGUAAUCGUAGAUGGCUCCCCUUAUGGAAUAAGUGCAAUACUAGCACGUCAGAACGAACAUCACAGCCAGAAGUACAAAAUCCUUUCAUAUGCAAGCAGAGCACUCAGCCCAGUUGAGACAAGAUUCUCUCAAACAGAUGUUGAAGGACUUAGCUUAGUAUGGGGAAUUGAGCAUUUUCGAAUGUUCUUGAUUGGAUCAGAAUUCGAUGUGAUAACUGAUCAUAAAGCGUUAGAAUCUAUAUUCAAUAACCCAAGAUCCAGACCACCAGCCCGCAUCGAGAGAUGGAUGAUGCGAUUACAACCAUUCAACUACAAAGUCAUUUACCGCAAAGGAUCCUUAAACGAAGCUGACUACUUAAGUAGACAUCUAGCUGUUAUUGAGAGAGAACAAAUAACUAGUACAUCAGCAGAAGAAUAUGUGAACUAUGUAACUAACUGUUCAGUUCCAAAGUCAAUGACACUUGACGAGAUUAAAAAAGCAACCCAUAACGAUCCAGUAUUACAAAAAGUUAAGAAAUGUCUGAAAGAGGGAAAAUGGGAUGAGAACGAUCCUGACCUUAAACCGUUUAGACUUUGCGCCGACGAACUUACGUACAAUGCAUCAGCAGGUAUACUGUUGAAGAACACACGGCUGGUCAUUCCAACAACAUUAAAAGAAAGAGCAACAAAAUUAGGUCAUAUCGGGCAUCAGGGAAUUGAGAAAACGCUUCAUGGAGCGCUUGAUUUUUAUUCAUAUUUUAUACAAUAAACCAUAUAUUUCGUUGUGGCCAAUCAGAAGCCAGUUUGAUAUGGAUUUGGCCAGAGCCCCUCGUCGGGCUCGGUCGAACGCGCGUAAGAAGGGCUCUGGGUGCGAGAAUGGUCACGAUAAUAACCCGGAGGUCACGAUAAUAACCCGGAGCCCAUGAAAAUAACACCAACCGAAGACAAACCAUGGACUAGUGUAGCAAUCGACUUCUAUGGUCCAGUACCCCCAACUGGUCAAUACCUGCUAGUGGUUAUCGAUACCUACUCAAAAUUCCCAGAGGUAGAAAUAGUCAACUCAACCGAAGCAAAAACUUGCAUACCAAAAUUAGAUACGAUAUUUGCCAGAUAUGGAAUACCAUCAAAAAUAAAAACUGACAAUGGACCCCCAUUUAAUGGGAAAGAAUUUGAAACAUACGCUAAAACCCUUGGUAUUGAAUGGAAAACAAUUACACCACUAUGGCCCCAGGGUAAUGCCGUCGUAGAAAGAUUUAUGAAACCAAUUGGAAAACUCUUGAAAACAGCAGAAAUUGAAGGAAAGAAUUGGAAGCAAGAACUGCAAAGGUUUCUACUUCAAUACCGUUCAACUCCUCAUCAAACUACUAAAGUCGCUCCGUGUGAACUACUUUUUAACAGACAAAUUAGGGGAUACUUACCAGAACUCACAAGGAAAAAAGUAGCUAAUAGACACAAGAGGGCGAAGCAGAAUUUGGAGCAGAAGAAAGAAGAGAACAAUGAGUACUACGACAGAAACAAAAGAACAAAGAAAGCGGGUAUCAAAAAGGGUGACAUCGUCAUUUGCAAACAGAAGAAGAACAAUAAGUUAACAUCAAAGUUUGACCCAGAACAUUAUACGGUAGUACAACGUAAGCACAACACCAUUAUAGCUAAAAGAGAUGGUAAGACGGUGACAAGAAACGUUUCACACUUUAAGAAGGUAGUAAUGGAGGAAAGCGAGGAGGAGAAGGACGAUACAGGACCGGGACGAUCGACGGAAACAGAGGAACCACAAAAGCAAGAACCAAGUGUAAGGAGAUCAACAAGAAUGAAAAGACCGGUAAUUCGAUAUCAGUACCAGACUUGA